GGCGCGGGCGCCGAGAUGAGCGGCAACGCUGUCGUAGUCCUGAGGAGCUCAGAAUCUGCCGCCCCGGGCCUCGUGCCUAUUGUGGUCUGGGGGCUGGAGUUCGAGGUGGCAGGGCCCCGCGUGCACCCCCCGGGCUCGCCCUUCCCGAUCCUGAACGCGUGCCUCAUGAGCCUCGACCCCUGGCUGCUGGCGCCGCCGAGAUACCCAGAGUCGAGGACCGACCUGACCAACCCAGUUCGGACCUAUCCCAGGCGGCCAGUUCUUGCCUGGGAGAAGGAAAGGGCAUUGAAGAGGUCCCAGGAGACACGACUUACGAACAGGAAGAGCGGGACUGCGAUGGGGCUUCACCCCCAUAACAUGGACUGGACCUCAGCCGUGCGGAGUGGCAGAAGCUUCUUGGAGAACGGAACGGCGCGGGCUUCAGCCAGAAAAACGUUCUCGCUUGCCGAGGGGAUGAUCUCGGACCGCGCCCAGAGGGGGGAGAUGAGUCUUUUGGGCGCGCUAGAUUCCGACCCAAUGCCGCGCGACCUGUUCGGCGAGAUGCACUUCGAGGGCAAGGGCGACUACGGCGGCCGUCAGUUGACCGCAGCCCAGCUGGACUACAAGCUCGGGGCCUUCGAGAUGCGGGCCGCGCUGUGCGCGGGACUGCCGCGGGAGCUGACAGAGAAUGUCAGGGUGGCCGUCUUCGCGCUCCUAGUGAUGCCGGGCGCCGACGCGCGUCCAGGAGGGGCGCGCGCGCUACCUGCUCACCGGUUGUCGGCGCCAGUUCAAGACAUCGCCCGGCACGGGGUGCUCGUCUUCAGGCCCCAUUGCGGCGAGAUGGUGCAAGUGGCCGCCGCCAGGGUCGACAUGCCGAACAUGGCGAUGUCCUUG